AUGACCUCCCUGGUCGCCUCCCUUCCUCCUGCUGCCCCCGAGGACCCUGCCCUGGGCCUGGCCCCACGGCUGCCCCGGUCCUUCCUCCGCAGCCUGCGGACCCUCUUCGAGAUCUUGGACGAGCAGCGGCACGGGGCCGUGCACCUGUCGGAGAUCGAGAGCCGCUGGGGCCGGGGGGGCCCGGGCCUGAGCCCCCCGGGGGGGGCGCAGCAUGAGCACCUGCCCCCGGGGGUGCUGCCCGCCCUGCAGCAGGUGGCGGGGCCCAGCGGGGGGUUUCUGAGCUUCCCCCGCCUGGUGGCCGGGCUGAGAAUCGCGCUGCUCCAGGACCAGGAGGGGGAGCAGGGGCCUGGCCCGGAGCUGGCUGAGACCGGACACAACUCGGCGCAGGAGAGGCCGAGCGGGGGCCAGACGCGUGAGCCCAGGGGCUGCGGGUCGGGAGUGAGGGGCACCGGUGGAGUGAGGGGAGCCCAGGGGCUGCGGGUCGGGAGUGAGGGGCACCGGCAGAGCAGGGGGGAGCCCAGGGGCUGCGAGUCGGGAGUGAGGGGCACCAGCGGAGCAGGGGGGAUCCCGGCCGUUCAGCGCGGCUACACCAUCCUCAUCCUGCCCCUGGGCACCGGGCUGGGCAGCUGGGAGGCGGAGCACUUCUUCCUGGGGCUGCAGCGCAGGCGGGCGCGGGAGCGGGAGCGGGACGCGCUGCUGCAGGGGCUGGAACUGGCCGAGCGCCUGCGGGGCUGGUACCGGCGCCACCUGCUGGAGGCCCAGCGCGGGCAGGAGCAGGCGGGGGCGGAGCCGAAUUAUUUCCCGGAUUCGUGCCCCAAUCAGAGCUGCCUCCUGCUGGCCAAGAUCCAGGAGGUGAAUCUCGGGCUGCGAAACCUACUGGCCCGCCCUGGAAAGGCUGACCCUCCCCCCUGCUUCCCCUCCAGCCCGUUUGGGGCCCCCCUCCUCCAAACGGGGAAGCAGCAGGAAUUCCAGCAGCAAGCCGUGAACGUGCUGAAGGAGCAGAACCGCCUGCUCAUCAAGGAGGUGUCGGAGAAGAGCGACCGCAUCGCCCAGCUGGAGCAGGAGAAGGCGGCUCUGUGCAGGCAACUCCAGGAGAGCCGGGGCUACCGGCUGCCCAGCCACAAGGACUCGACCUUCAUCUGACGGACGAGGUCACUUCCUCCCGUCGACCUACCAGACGAGGUCACUUCCUUCUGAGAGCAAAGAUGUAAUUUUCUCCUGGGGCAAUGAUGUCACUUCCUGUCAUUCACCCAAGGCCAGUGAGGUCACUUCCUUCUACCCCACGCCCCCAGUGCAGUCAUUUCCUGCUGGACCUGGAAGG